GUACGUCUUCCAAGAUCUGCCCGGUGCUCAUCGUAAUUAAAUUGUAAAUGCUGUAUGACGUUUAGAUUUACUGCAUUUUUAAGAGCUAAAAAAAUUUUUUUUUCAAAGAUACUUUAGAAGUGCGGCUGAGGCACAAGAACACGUCUAGCAAAUAAAGAAGCUUCAAACUAUUGCGGGGCAGAUUAAUAAUUAGCUGUGCAAUUAAUGGCUGAACAUAGUUUUUAUUUAGCUUCAGUAGGCGCUCAGAGGUAUGCGAGCCAGGUGAGUCAGUUUCGGGGAAAAUAUUUUUUUUGGUUGAGGCUAUCGAGCAUCAAAGCCAAUAUGUUGAGUGCAGCUUUAAUGUGUGUUAAGCUGUAUAAAAAUGCCCUAUAGAGAUACGGUGUUUCUUUGUUCAUUUCUUUGAUGAGUCUUGUAACUUUUUAGUGUUUGGUAUCAUUUGGAAUGUUGCAUGAUGUCACAAUAACAGCAAUGUUUUAAAGGGGUCAUGACAGAGUUGCCCAACAAUUUGUAGUUUUCAGCAAAAACUAGAAGUAAAGGGUCUAUUAUGCCUAUACAGGUAUAACAAGUUGGCCGUAAAAAAUAUUUCAGGGUAAAACAAGCUCUAGAACUAACCGGCUGUCAAUCUCGCCCACCGCAGGCGAGCCUCCGUUUUGCCAUGGCACCUGUGACAUUAUGUGCAACAAGGAGCAGAAUUGUUGUUAUCUACUGAAGUAUCAGCUGCUGCAAAUCAUUCAGUUCAGUGCCAAGUAGAAGAAUACUAUAAUACGUAUCUCAAUUUCUCAUGCCACUGGCCACCGAACACGAUCACUCUUGGGGACUAACAUUCGCAGAGCCAACUGUUUGUGUCACAGCUCAAGAGUGUGCCAGUGUUGCCCGACUAUCCAGUUGCUCGCGUGUUUAUAAAAGUAUUCAAUUGUGAAUUGAGUGCUUGAACAAAUGCGCUAAAAUUUUGAUAGAUUAUUUGUGAGUGUACGAAGAUUAAGCUAGUUAACACAGAUUAUAAUCGAAAAUUGGUUGUCCUGGCCCCUUUAAAUAAAUGUCUGGUUAGAUAUAUAUAGCACAUUUUAAUGAAAACAUACGAUUUAGGAAUCGAUAUUGACCAGGAGUUGGUGCCUAAUUAGGGUUUAAAAGAAUAUUUACAUUUAGCCCGAACCAGAAGAAGAUGCCUUGUGUUGAAGAACUUAAAAGUAUGUGCAAGCUCACAUUUCUUUUAAUGGAAGAAACGUGGCGUCUGCGAGACGAUAUAGCGUGAUUUUACGUUAGUUUACGCUUGCGAUCCUUCUGAACACACACAGCACAACCUUGUUUGGACAACCUUUGUGUUUUUACAUUGAACGAUAUGCCUGGAUUUGCAAGCAGGCAUUGUGCAGCUAAGGCUCGGCUUCGAUACCCUGCCACGGUCACUGUGUUAAAUUUGGAGCGCAGUGUGAAAACACCAGUGUACUUAGAUUUAGAUGCACAUUAAAGAACCCCGCACAGUCAGUAUUGAUUUGGAGUCUCUCGUUAUAGUUUACCUUAUAGUCCUAGCGUAGUUUUGGCACAUAAAACUCUGUGAUUCAAUUUAAUUUAUAGAAUUGCUUAGUGUUAGUGGAUGUCAUGCUCUUAGCUUUCGUAUAAGGUUCACAAAAGUGAGCCAAACGUAACUUUCACCCAACAGGAAAUUAGGCUGAAAGGCUUGUUGAAUGUGUGUUCAUAUUUAAAAAAAGCUGAAUGAGAUGAAGCUUUGUUUUGUUUGCAGAUGCUUUUGCAUCACAUGGAAGUAUCGCUAGUAGCUUGGAGAACUAAAUAUAUAUGGGUGCGCUGCCAUAAAAAAAUGCAAGCCUCAAUGAUGGCUGUUACAUAACAAUAAUGCCUAAUCCUUAAAUUAUGGUUCGGCUGUGCCCAGUUACCUGUAAAACAGGCAGAGAGAUGAAAAAAGUGAGCAAUAGAACACUCCCAGAUGAAUAUGUAUAAGCGUACAUUACUGUUAUUUCAUUUUAUUUUUUCUGUAAAAAGAGCUGUAGAAAGGCUUUGAAACUUUACCUUUGCAGCGACAUCCCCCAUUUGGAUUUAUUGGUGUUUGAAGCAGUUUUUAUAUUGACGCUGUGUUCAUGAAUUUCUGAUUUUUAUUUCCUUCAGAUGACUGUAAGUGUUAUAUUAUUUAAUAUACAGCUGUAUUUGUGUGUAUUGUUGAAGCCAGUGGAGCAUGUUUUCAAUUGCAGUGUUGCACUCUCUUUUAGUUUUGUGCUGUAACAUUAACUACACUGUUGCUAUUGUAAAGCUUUUAUGCUUAGCUGCUCACGGUUUGCCUCUGUGCAGCGUGAUUGUGCCGCAUCUGCAUGGCGCCAGUGCGUGGUGUGCUUUAUUUUGUCUUAGUCACUGCAACUGCACAUUUCGUCGUAAUUGAAAGUUAAUGUGUCUACAUUCACAAUCACACAGCAAAGCUGCACGAUAAGCUGUCCUGUGCGAGUCUUUUCGUGGCCGAGUUUUUUCUUGGCAAUAUUGAGGCGGAGCUUGUUAGUGUGACACGUGGUAGCUAUGCAGUGCAAGAACAUGCGCGUUCUUGUUAUUCAACCUCGAUUGAUAACGACAUCCUCUGUUUUUUUUUAUUUUAGAACUUUAUCAAUGUAAAGCAUUGUUGCCCAAAGGUCGCAUCAGUGAGGAAAUCAAGUCUUAAUACCUAUGAAUUUUAGACCGACCUCAAUCGUCGUCAGAUUUCAUGCACAAAUCACACUUGUGGUACGCGAUAAGUAACGUCGUGUCCAGAUCAAGUAAUUGCCUAUUUUGCCCAGUGUCCUGUAGGUGUCACAUCAGUUCAGUUGUUUAUUUAGCAAAUAGCGCCUUCCUCACCCUUGAUCAGCCAUUGCACUGCUUUCAUUGCUUUAUUUUAUUUUCUUUUUCUGUGAAAAGAAAUAAGGAGAGAUAGGGGAGAGGGUACGUUAGUAUUAACUUUGCAAAGAGGUCGCCUUGAAUUAAUCGAUUUUCAUGCUUUAUGCAUUUUCACAUUCUUUCUUGCGAAUGCUGUAGCUCUGUAGCUCGCUCAGUAUGCAGUGAUGUUAGCUGUGCCCUUUAUGACAUGUAUGGCAGUGAGAAGUAACUCUAUUCUUUCAACCAAAAUUCAAAUAACUCUACUGUAAUGGAUAGAGCAGGGAAAGCCCUUUAUGUGGGCAGUCAUUUGCUCCACAUUAGCAAUUUCGUGGUACAAAAAUUAUGUUGUAGAACUCAAGAAGCUCACAAGAAAACCAGCUCUUUCUGUAGAGUGGCUUCUUUGCAGAGUCGUCUCUCUUAUCAUCAGCCUUUGUAAAAUUUUGCUAAGUUAAAUAUUGUUCAGGUUGUUGAGGCCGUUUCCUCAUAGGUGCCAACAAAUUAUUUGAUGAAAUCUUUUUGUCUUCGUGAUGGAAAAUGAAGCAUGAGAUUCGUUAUUCUCCUGUCACCAACCGACAGGCUCCACAACUCAUAUGCUUGUCUCCCUUUUUGCAAAGUUGUCUCGAGUGAAAGUGUUUUUAUGGCACAACGUGGUUCGCCCCGCCGCGGUGGUCUAAUGGCUAAGGUACUCGGCUGCUGACCCGCAGGUCGCGGGAUCGAAUCCCAGCUGCGGCGGCUGCAUUUCCGAUGGAGGCGGAAAUGUUGUGUGCUCGUGUGCUCAGAUUUGGGUGCACUGUUUAAGAAACCCAGGUGGUCGAAAUUUUCGGAGCCCUCCACUACGGCGUCUCUCAUAAUCAUUGGUCGAUUUUGGGACGAUGAAACCCCACAUAUCAAUCAAUCACAGCGUGAUUCCAGAAGUUGUGGCAUUCUAAAAUGGUAAAUGCCCUUGUACUGUGCGAAUGUCAGUGCACGUUAAACAAUAACAGAUCGUCAACUUUUCCAAAGCCCCCUACGAUGGUGUCCCUCACAAUCAUACCAUGGUUUCGAGACGUAAAACCCGAGAUGUUUUAUUAUCAGAAGUUAUGGCGCAGUAUUUCAUUGACACCUUCAAAGCCUGACUCUUGCACUGCAUUGUCCUAGUGGGAGAAGGCACAAUUUUUCGGGCUAAUGCAGCCAGCCGUAUUUUUGAUAGCGGUGUUAAAAAAAAAAUUGUUCCGUGUUGAAGUGAGUCAUUGUUCGGGAUUAAAUAAAAGAAUCCUUUUAGCUAGGUUGAUUCUUGUGCUUACGACUUUUUAUCUGUCCUUGCAAGUUUCUAAAACAAAUUGUGCGUAGCUUUAAAAAAAAAAGGAGAAUCGGUACUUUUUUAUAACCCCUUCUCUUGCCAGUUCUCUUGAUGUUUUUUUUGCUUUGAAGUUUUUUUGGGGGGCUAUUCCGACAUUCCUUACGGUGCAUGUGAGAUGGCGCAAGUUUGUAAUAUUCCAGACACUGGGAGCAUCGUUCCAUCCAUGUGUCAGUUUUGCUGUAUCGGGAAAGACGUGUUUUUAUACUCAGUUUUCAGUACUGCAACAUCUGUACAGGCUAUACAGGUCUGUCGAGUUCAAACAUUGUGCAAUGCUAUUGUGUUCAAUGUCGCCUUGUGGCUAGUUUUUUAUGAUACAGGGCUGCUUGUCAAUGCUGUAUAGAUAGCGCUUAGUAUAUACUUUUAUAAAAGCCUUAUAUAGAUGAAAAGAGGUGGCAUGAUGGUUGGUUUUGGUGCUUUUAGAGUUUUUUUUUUCCCCACGAUGUAACCCGCCUUGGGGCGGCUCUUUGCCUCUUGUGGUAGUUUAUAUAUGCUGCUACGAUUUGGAUCAAGUAAGAGAUUCGCCGUGCAGUAUUGUUGGACUCUGGACUCUUGUUGGACUAAAGGGUAAUGGACGUGCGUGUGGAUCAAAGUGAUAUUGUUUGCCCCCUUUUCUCAUAUUUUGAUAAAAAUGCUCACGGGAAAUGAAUGUGUGUGUGUGCUUCUGGAGUUCUUGUUGCUGCAUGCCACUGAAUAGCUUAUGUAUUCAUAACUGUCUUAAACAUACAUUGUUGCGAGUAUCUGUAGGCUACAGGCCUCUCUAGAGUUUGUAGGCACCUACUCAGUGUGGAGUAGAGUACCAUGUAAUAAAAUUUCAUGUUGGGUCGAAAAGGAAAAAUGACAGCAAGGUUGUGUGCAGCCUGAAUAAAAGACUUAUCUUGUAUGUCAUGUUAAACAAAGUGCACCAAAAUGUAACUGUUACUAUGAUUAGCCACGCACAUAAUUGUAAUGUACUUACUUGCUGCCACUUCUAAAAGCAACUUAUAAACACAUAUGAAACGUGUGAAAGAAAAAACUAUAAUUUAUCAUGCAGUGGGUACCCUUCAAAUGUGCUUGUAGUAGUUACCCAAAGAAUUUUCCAAAAAAUCUCUAGAAAGGUCGCUCUUCCAGCUUUUGCUGCAACUGUGCUGCGCAUUCCACGCAGGCCUAUCAGUUUUAUUGCUACCAUUCUUUAUGGGCCGAUUUCUCACGUUCACUUUUGGUUUUAAUUUCAAGCUUGCACACGUACAACCGAAGUACAGUCGCUGUACACUUUGUUUUAUGAACACUAUGUUCAAUAUCUGAAGUAUGUUACAUGCUGCCUAGCUUUUUCGCUAGUCGCACAUGUUUUGGCCUAAAGUAUUGUGGUUGUUAGCUCGAAUCGGGUUACUAGUAGUGCUAUGGAGAACUUUUUAAAGAUGUAUAUUAUUGUCAACCACGUAUUUAGUGUCACUUCAAAUACCUUGGAGGCCUCUUAUACAGAAAUCUUACAUGAGUGGCUGGCACUGACACUUUCCGAAGUCUCGUUACAAAAACGAGGCUAGUUAGGUCUAGGAAGUUCACUGUUGCAGGGUACUAGCCAUUCCACUCCCAUAAAUUUACUUGCCAUAUUGCCGAGCUUUAGAAAAGUGCCAACUUCCAGCAGCGUACACAAUGAUGGAGUAUGACAUUUUCAAUUAAAAUGUGCUGCAUAUUUCGAACUGUUUAUACUAUUUGCAAUUAAGGCAACAUAUCAAAUCACAUGUGCACUCUAGCCAACGAAUUUAAAUGACGUUUUCUAGGUAGAAAGGGUUUAAAACUUAGACAAAUGAGUGACUAGAACAUCCAGUGCACUGAAUUGAGUACUAACGCCUUAAAGUGCCAAAAGCAACUGAAUGUUUUCUUUCUGUUGUUAUUACUUAGCACUGGGUGUAACUAAAGGCAGAAUUUCACAAUCUGUGAUGGCUGUGGUGGGAAGGUGCCAGAUGUCUGGAAAGAAAAGUGCCACCCUAACGUCAUAGCUGCAUGCAUUAAUAUAACUCCUCUCUAUUAGACAGGAUACCUGAGCUAUAUAUGUAUUUUUGUUUUUACUGCUGUAUUUUAAUUUUUUUAGUAGAUUAUAAACAAGAAAUAAUUGCAAUAUGUAGGGGCCAGUUGCUAGAAGCAUUUCAUUUACAGCUAUAUCUUUUCAUGUCACCAAGGCCUCAUUCGAGUGACGGUUGGACGCCAUGCAUCUAACUGUGACAAAACAUUUCGCCCAUCUUGCACUUUCAUCACUCAAAAUGUCUGGCAGGCUUGUUGCUUCAGCUUGUAAGAAGCGUUGUGUGGAAGCAGGCCCCGAUGCUUAAACUUGCUACGCUUCUUAGUUGGAGCCUAUAAUACACGAAAAAAGUGCAAACGAUUCAGCGAAUAUAGUGCGAGUUAUCACUUAUUCUGUGUAGCCUCCACAAGUGCACGAGCGAACUCGUUUGUGUGCCUUCUGCCCAAUGCUCCACCAAUGUAUUGUCCACCUGAUGAGUAUUCAUAUAUAUGUCUAUCCUUUAGUGUUGCAGGCAGCCAAUUACAAUCUGUGGAAAUAUCCAGGAGAGCCAGCAACACUGGGCCCCAAGCGCUAUCAGUGCCGGUUCUGCAGCUACAGCACUGACUACUCGACUAACCGACUCCACCACGAACGAUGUCACACCGGCGACCGACCAUUUCGGUGCCCUAGGUGUUCCAAAGCAUUUAGCCGUAAAGACCACCUGAAGCGUCACAAACAGGGUCGUUGCUUGCCUUCUCACGAUUCGGCCGUCCAGCUGCCAAGGGAUCUAACCUUAAGGCAGCUGCAGUCCCCGUGCGGUGACCACCACAGAAGUGGAAGCGGUGGAAAGCAGCGCAAGUUUCACUGCGAAUACUGCUCAUACACAAGUGACUAUAGGGCAAAGCUGAAUCGACACAUGCGGCUGCACACUGGCGAGCGGCCGUACCAGUGCGAGGUCUGCGGCCGAGCAUUCACGCGGAAGGACCAUCUCCAGAAGCACCUGCCCACCCACGACGGUCGUGUGCUCAAGGACAGCCUCUCGAGUGACCACCACCACAACAAUAAUGGCAAUGGCACCUUAGCCAGUGCCGCUAGCUUCCUGGGCAGCCUGCUCAGUGCCACCUCCCAGCACCCGUACCGGUGCAAGCUGUGUGGCCGUGGCUUUAUCCAGAAGCACCAUUACGAGCGCCAUGCAAAGACCCACGAUGAUCACUUUGUGGACUAUUAGCCGCGCCUCCCCAGCCUUUUGUUCAGUGACGAUGGCUUUGCAGAGGCUGUCUGGUCGCACUCACAGCCUCCUUUGUAUACACUUCUCUGCCUGCUAGGUCAAGUAUAGCACUGCGAAAUCACUGCCAGGAAUGGGGCAAAGCACCACUGUCAGAGAUGCUACCGUCUGGUGGCGGUUACGCAAUUAUUGGGGUGUGUCUCGUGCCUGUCCCAAACUAUAAUAGUCAUUGGUCUUGCCUGAAUUUUCUUUUUUUAGAAAUGCCACACCUGCUGAAGUGUCAUACUGACAACAUGCAUGUGAUUUGUUAUCUGGAAGUACGGGGCAUGCAGUGACACAUAAAGAAAAGGCAGGCAAGAGAGGCGAUGGUCAUGGUUUGGCAAGAAGAUAAGCUCUAAAGAGCACAAGCUUUUCUUACGCUGUAGUCAUAGCAGCAAUCAAAAAGAAUAUAACAUUAACUUCUGCGUUCUGCUGCUAUUUUCAUUCAAUGAGGAUUGUGUCAUGUUCUGUCAUUGCUGAAAAUGAAGCAACUGUAUGUCAUGUGGAAAGCAACAUUGAAGGAGAGAGAGUGUCUUUCAACCUGAUCUAGCAGGUAUCGAGUAUAUAAAGGAGGCUUUGAUCAGUGUCAAGUCACUCACCAAAGGCAGGCGCAGUUGUGUCCAGUGUUUUCCUCGCAAAAAUUUUUUUUUUUAAUGACGCACAAUCUUGAGCAGAUUUCAGGCGAGUGCAGCACAUUCGCCGUGCUGGAAUCGGGCAGGGUGACGUUACUUCAGUACAUUGUAAAGUGUGCUGAGCUGCCCCUGUGUAAAUCAUAUAAGACCACUGCAGAGAGAUAAGCGCACUGAUGAAGAAGGUGAUGGAUCGUAAUUUUGGGAGUGAAGAUUUUCAGAGUUUACGCUGUCACCUUCUCAGUCUCGGUUUUCAUCCUUAUUCUGCUGGUCUUUAUCUUGCAGAGACGUAUCAGCUCUAUUCCUUUCUGUGCAAGCUGGCAUCCACCAUUUAGCAGCCAGUACUAACUCUAUGCCACAAACAGGCAUUGUUGACCUUUGGUUCUUCAUUGAAUCAAAUGAUCUCUAAUGGAUAUCAGCUGAGCUGACACGAAGCCAGGUUUCGUGUUAGUGUGAAAUGCAUGAAGGGCAAAAUUCAGUGCGAGAAAGAAUUCAGCGAUAUCCCAUGUUUCCAGAGAUGAGAUGCCCUUGUUUACUGUACUGUGGAUAAGUAUAAAUUGUAGUUUGCACUGAAACUGCCCGUUUCGCGGAACAUAGCUUAGUGCAAUCAUUUGCAGACACUCAGCAAGCUGGGUUGGGUCAGAAUUUGUGGCUUUGAUGACAGUCGGCAGUUAAAGUUGUUGUCUUGCAGGCCCAGAUUAGAGAGAGUUGAAGGCUGCUGCUAAUAGCAUCCUAGAAGCAUGUUAACUCCAUGGACGACUGCUCAUCGGCCGACUACUAUUGGCUCAUCUUGAAGAGGCGUUGUGGCUGGCCCUAUGCCAUUUCCCUUGCCUCUGUGAAAGAGCCAGGACGAAGUGCAAUGAUGUGAAUACUGCUGCCACCAAUCCAGCUUUGUACAGUGUAUCCCUUGAUAAAUGGGGAUCUUGCUAAUAGACUGGUGCUGUUCUUAAUGUUUGCGUGCUCAGUGAUUGUGUGAAGACCUUGUUAGGCCCAGUUUGAAUUGUGUGUGGUGUGACCUGGAUGUUGUGUGCCUGACUUAAUUUCAAUGGCCCACCGCUAUAAUCUUGUGCAGUUCUCUGAAGCUUGGCUUUUCUCGAGUACAAAGAGACGCAAUAUUGCGCUUGUUAAUUAUAGACUCGUCAAGCAACCAAGGCCGGUGCUCUUUCGUCGUGCUUAUAUCUGCAAUGCAAUAUUACUAGUCAAACACGUAAAAAAAUGCAGCUUUAAAAUUGCAGUGCAAUUUCAUCUCAUUUCAUGUCAUACACUUACACCUUUUGCUAGCUCCUAAUGAACUUUGAACUUGUUCGAAGUACAUUGCUCAACCAGUUCUAAGAUUGCAGUUAAACGCUGUCAAGCGACAGUCAGGUUUAUCGGUAGCUUGCCGCAGAAGGACUGACUUCUCUUCACAUAAAAAUAAAGGUUGUCUUUCUGCAAAUUUCUCAGUCUUAAUUUAUUACACUAGUGCGUGAAGUCUCUCGAAGUGAGAGAGAAGAAAUCUGCAAAGAAAUAAAAGCUCAGAACAGUCUUGUUGUUGGUAUGCGGUUCCUCAAAACUUUGAUUAUGGAUCCUUGAACUGGUUGAAGCUGUGCAAAAAGCGUUCCAUAAACAUUCGUUUAAUUAGUUUUGUUCAAAAAAGUGAAAGUGCGUCUACAGCAAGUAUAUUAACUAUGCAGUGCAACCACUUGAGAUUUGCACUUCCAGUUGGUGGUUGCCUCGGACUAAAUUAGAUUAAGAACUACAGUUUAGGUUUUUCUCGGCAAAUUUAGUUGUUGCACAAUGUGCUUUUUUUCUGCAGUGGCACCAUUUUCGAUGUCGCCCUAGAAUCUGCAAAUGCUGUUGCAUGAAUGUAAAAAACAGAACAUGUUAUGCUUAGCUGAAUCUUCAAAGGUUUUGUACCAUGCGUAUGCAAUCUUGGCUUCGAUGGCAAUCUGAGUGCUGAUAAUCUGUUGAUAAGGGUAAAAGGAUUUUCCGACAAUCUGAUGAUGUUGUUAGAGAGCUCAUAUUUUGUAGUCCGAAAAUUUCACUGCAGCCAAACAUUCUACCCCAUUUCAUGUCAGCUUAUUGUAGAAACGGUGAACUUUUAUGAAACAUUGUGCACUGGAGAUUUAAGGUUGCACCUAAAGACUUUUAUUGAGCUAGAAGCAUUCACAGGUUCAUUGAAGUGCUCAGUCCCACAUUAUUUGGAGUUCGUUGUGUGGGCACUUCAAAUGGCAACAUUGAUCUCGAUUCAUACGGUACAAUACUUCACUCAUGUGACAAUCUCAUCUUAGUAUGCACUAUGGUCAUAUGAUCGGCAUUACUGAAUGUUAAUUGUGAAGGCAAUCUGUUUAAAAGAGCUGUCGCUGACAAUACUAUGGAUUAACUUGUUAGCAAAAACAAUCAUAGAUAACAUCCUUGUGACUAGUAAUUAUAAGUGUAGGCAUUGUAAUUUAUGUCUGUGUUUCAAUUUAAUAUGCAGCCACUUCUUUCUUUUGUUCACUUUAAAAUGCACUAGCUGCCAUUUUUUGCAGUUGUUUUGUCUUUGCAGAGCUGAAAUAUGUUUCUCAUUCUCUUUAUGAAAUUCUUUAUUCUCAGGGUGAAGUCAUAAAGAUGGAAUCUCUCAAUGACUUGUGGAGUUUCAAUUUUAUUGUUUGUUGCUUCCACUAAAGUGCGGUGUGUCAUUUUUGUUUUUCAUACUGUAUGCAGGGAUUGAACCGUCGUAUAUUCACAUAUUUUGUUGUUUCUGUUAUAUUUGAAACCCGUCACUUUUUUUUGUUAUCGCAGAGCUGCGAUAUCUGUCACUUAGUUGCUUUUGCAUGGUGCCAUAUUUAUUCAGUAUAUUGUUAUCAAAUAGUCUCGUGUGCAGGCAGCACAAUAAAAAGAAAAAUCUCCAUGAUGCAGGCCAGGUUAUUCCGAGAUCAGUUGUUGUCUUAUGCUUUAUUACUUUUUUUAGGUGUUUUCCAAAAUGUUCUAAAUACCAAAGUCCUUGUUGCUUGGACUGAGCGGUCUUUCGUGUUCAGUGCUGAAUCCUCGCCCUUGUUAUCCUCUUUUUGCGAGCUUGUUAAUUUUUCAUAGUUUCAGCUUUUUGAAGAAUGGAAAGAAAGAACAAGAUGUUUUCUUCUAUUGUUUGUUGCAUUUAGUUGCGAAAAAAACUUGAGCUCGUGUCUCGCUGAGUUGCUCGUUUGCACCGAGAAACCUUUUCCUCCUAUUUAAUAGCCUGAAACCCGACAAUCUCUGGACUAAGUGAUAGAAGUACAGUGCGGCUCGGGAGACUUCUCGUCCUUGUACCUCCAGCUUCGGCUCACCUCGGAUCACGAGCCUGUAAGCUUGCAGAAUAGUGGAACUGCUUCACUUACAAAAUAAACUGGUGCUAAUGCUUGCUUUCGUCAAUUUUUUUUAGUCGUUUGUGUUGUUUAUGGUACUGAAAUGUGCUUAUAGCUCUUUGAAGUUUAGUUUUAUUUGUAUGGAGCUAACAGGCAGGGAUUGUCAUUUGUCUAGCUUUACUAUGAAUAUGAAACUUUCUACUGCAAAGAUGCUGCGGCACCUUUCGUUCUGAAUUCUGUUGUUCAUUUCGUUGUGAGUUUUGCGUCGUGACUCUAAACUAUAAGCGGUCGCCUCAUUUGCUGACUCAGUCAGUAGAUAACACUAAGAUCCUCGAAAAAGCAAGCAGACUUUUAAAAAAGAAGUGUAAUAAUGUAUGGUCUACCUGAUUUAUGAAAUUGUGAAUGCAAUUUCAGAAUCAAUUUUUCUAUUGUUAUCACUAUCAUUAUUUUAUUUGAUAGCCAAGCUCAUUAUUAAAAUCGCAUUACUAGGUGCCCUGUUAAAACUUUCACUAUUUUAGACAAGCGAAAUGCUAACUUAAAAAUGUCAGAAAUGGAAUGCAGUCUCCUUGUUCUUAUUGUAAAUAAAUCAAUGAAUAAAUAAAAUAGUCAUAUAAAGCUUUGAUUAAAAGAUAUGUAAACUUGUAGCCGUCUUAUGUGAUAACAUCUUUUUUUAUUAUAAAGCACUUUUGUCACCACAUGCCAAAGCCCAGAUUAACAUUUGCACAGUGUAAAAGCUAUUUAUUCAAGAGAGAUUAAUAUAAUACAAGUUAACCGGUGUUUUUUUAGCGGAACCCUGUGCAGCCAUCGUAGCAAGCUGUACUGCAUCAUUUUAUUACUACAAUGUAUAGAUAGCACAGAUAUUCGUUUGCAGAACUAUGUACUCGUGUGCUAGGUUUGCUAGUAGGAAGGGAGUAAGAGAAAAAAGAAAACGUUUGUGUUCCCUUGUAAUUACAUGUAUCAUGAUGUCAGCGUGAAUAGCCACUCUUGUAGCACGUUUGAAGAGCGAGAGUGUAAAUCUGUUCGUCAGGAAAGUACGUGUGCGCAAUAGUUGCUCAAAUAGGUUUGCCCGAGCUCUUCUGUAAUUUGCCCGAUUGCUUGUCAACUAAUAUGCAUUACUCGCCUGUUAUGCCACUUAACAUAAUUAAGACUGAACUUAGAUUGCAUCGACCACCUGUAAACUGAUCAUUGUUAAUAUGAUCAUUUCUGUACUAAUGUUGUUGCAGAAAAGAAAACAAUGAAAUUAGAUAGUCAUUUAUGAUAAUCAUUUAAUAUAAUCAGUGAAGAUAAUCAGUGAAGAUAAUUAUUCUAGAUAAUCAUUGUAUAUGACUGUAAAAGUUUUCAAAUGUGAUGCAUGCCCCUGUUAAACAAGCAGCUUCUUUCAGCAUUUACUGUCCAUCUUUGUGGCAAAAUAUAACAAUGGAAAAGUGCAUUGACGCCUAUGUUCUUAUCUUUGAUAGACCUCCGCAAAACUGUUGAGUCAGCUUUCCAACAGAACAACAGGGCUGCACACAGGAAAAGUGGCGCUACAGUUGUUUAUUACACUUAUUCGAUGCACUUGAAUGGCUGCAGUGCAAGUGAUCUAGCGCUAGACGUAGCCAAGACAGCACCUAAUUGUUUCCCUAGGAAGCAAGCUGCAACAUCACAAUGAAAAGGCUUUCACUUUGCUGGAAAGCUGACAUUUGAUGGCUCAGUGAGUACAUAAACAGUGCAGCAUCAACAGCAUUGUGGAAUGUUGGCAUAGAAAAAACAUGGGCAGCCGCAAUGGCAGUGACAUUUGGUGGCGUUGUUUAUACCAGAAUGUCUUGGAACGCUCUUCCCCACUUGACAUACAUAUUGGCAGGUAGAAAUAUAACAUUAGAACAAUUGCGGCAAUACGAGACUCUUGUGCCGGAAAAAACUAUCACUUUGCGGUGUGCUACUCAUGGUGUAAGGUUAUACCCCUUGGUAUAAUCUGCGCGGUCUGCCGUGUAGUUAAUCUGUUUUCGGUUUCCCAAUGAUGUGCCAGUUUCUAUAGGAAUGGGAGAUAAAAACCUGUCGGUCUAGCAAUCGCAUCUUUUUGCCAAUUAAAUGGCUGUCACCAAAUGAUCCAAAGGGUGAGCAUCAUUGAUGCAGGUUCUGGUCAAUCACAUCUCAUGUUUCCUCACCUAAACUAUCUCUCUGACACUGUAGUGACACUUCACCAGAUGUCACCACCAUUACUGAUGUUGGUGCUUGAGAGGUAGCGUUCUAGUAAGACAGCAAACAUUGAAGAUGUUAUAGUACUCUAAGUACUUUGUUGAGGCUUCGUAAUGUGUUCAAGUGUGUUCAGUACAGUGUUUCACUACACUUGGUCCAAUAGCGGCACCGCUCGGGCUUGCUACAUACUCCCAGGAGCAUACUGCGUGCAUUGUAUUUCUUUUGAUGAUCAGUUUAUGCCCGUUUUUGACAUGUGCUGACUACUUGAGCUCUGUCCAUUCACAUAGAGUUUGUAGAUUCUUGGGUGAAAGUUGCUCAAUAUGUGUUUCCUUGCCUUAUGUGCUAAUGUACCGGUGUGCCACUAUAUCUCAUUGAUAAUAUAUUGAAGUGUAUACUCCAGUGUUCCCAUGUAUUUUAUGUCUAUUUGUACGUGUUAAUGUUUGUGUGUGAAAAUGACCACAACAGUCCAUCACUUGUCAAAAGUUUAGAGCAGAUGACCUGACAUAAUCUCUCUCCCUUUUGAUUAUUGUUAUUUAUUUAUUUUUUCAUUUAUUUACUUUACUUCCUCUAGUCAAACCAGUGUACCAAUCUUCCGAAGCAUGUGCAAUGGGGAUGCUUGAUUCAUGACGCGAGGGAAAAUAGCGCGCAGCGACAGGACACUUUUGCUGCUUCGAAGAAUUAGCAUUUAGUUGUUAGUCAUUGCAAUUGUACGCCCAUUCAUGUGUCCUGUUGUUGUUGACUAUUUUCUCUCUGCUGCUGAUCUUGGCAACCUUAAAGAAAGGGGCUUUUUAAGUUGUUGACUGGCUCUCUAACGCGAAAAUGCACAGUGGGAUAACUUCUCUGGUUUAGUUCGCACUCUAGGUUUGCUCAGCACCGUUUCUUCUCCAGUUACCACUUAGAGGAGAAACGAUUUUGUAGUGCAUGUGCAGCUCUCGAGAAAGCAUGUGCUACUUGCCAAGCAGAUAGGCAUGGCUGCAUGUCAGUGUGACCCUCUCCGAGGUCUCCUUUUCUUGUUUCUUUUUAUUUGUGAGAUUAAGAAUGACAUGCAGAGCUCCAAAGACAGAUAUUAAAGCCAAGACUGGAUGGAGUUUAUUGUCAAGUUUUCAUUUUACAAUCAAAGCAGUUCUGAGGCCUGUCUGAUCUGUAAUUGCACAAACUACACCACUUGAACCAUAAACCCACAUUUGAAUCGCUGAUGGGCCAGCAGCACCUUGAAAGGUUUUCAAAGAGUUAAAUGCUCUGGUGGCUCUGCAACUUCUCGCAACAGUUUCAUUAGGUGAAAGCCACUAAGAAAAGUUCUUGCAGUUGAGACAUUCAGCUUAGCUUUAAUUUAAAAGUACACUUUCUAUUGAUCUGUUUUUGUAGUUGUGGAAUUGUAUAUGCUGAAUCAUUACAAGCUCUGCAAUUGUGGCACCAUGUCUUGCCUGCACGCACUCAUAACAUCGCAUAACAUCGCAUCGUACGCACUCAUAAUGCAUAUGUUACUUCCUUAGGCUUUGCAGCCUGAGCGAUAGAAAAGGCGGGUGAUGAUCAGUUGAUAGUGCUCCUGUAAUUUUUGCUGUUUACAGGACCUGUGAGAAAAUUCUUUUUCACUGAAUAUCUGGUCUGAAAACUGGUGUAUUUAGGUGCAUGCACUCUCUUUAUCGGUAUGUAACCUGGCAAAAAAAAAAAAAAAAGAUGUCGUGAUGCAAUGUCAUACUAACAGCAGUUGAAUAUUGUGUUUGCAUUUGUUGAUGCUUGCAUGGAUUGAUGUAAAAGAGUGAGCGAGGAAAAUCAGAAGCGUAUGAAACAUUGAAAAAAAGGAACGCAAGAAUUUGAGCUAACUCACUCUAAAGAGGAUUCUCUUACAUUUGGAAGAUUAUAUUUAGCAUCUGCUUGCUCAUGCAGAAUCGUAGUUAGUAUGAUGUUCACAGUUUUUAUUAAAAGUAAAAUCUGUUUAACGUAUUGUAAUUGAGACAUAGUAGUCCACGCUGAUACUAAUGUAACGAGGAUCAGGUUUAAAUUGACACUAAAGUCGAAUAACAAUUUACAUCAGAGUGAAAGCUCAAUGUAUGAAAACAUCUAAAAUGACAACGUUAUUAACAGCAGUGCCCUACUUACUGCGAAAUUAAGGAAAAUUAAUGUAAUUAAUUGAGCAGCACAGUAGGACGUUCGCAAAUAACGCCGAUGACAUUUGAUAAACUGCCUACAAUUAAUCACUAGUAAUCGAUCUAACUGCACUAAAUAAGGAACCUUCCGUGCAUCAAGAGACAUAAUGAAAUGCUGCUUGUUCUUUUCUGUUUGAUUCAUGGAAAAAAGAACCGCGGGAUGUUACUAUGGGGAUUGGCACGCGUAGCUCAAAAAUUCAAUUUUCGCCUGGUUAAAUUGAACAGGCUGUGCCAUCUAGCUGGGCCCACUUGAACCAAGCAUGCUUGCAAUUUCGAAGGCCAUGGCUCAAAAUUGUUCAAUGGCCAUUGCUGCUGUGGCUCCCGCUACCUUCUCUCUGCUGCUACUAUAGUGUUAACGGUCGUGCAUCAAAAACAGUGACAUCAGACAUUCUUUUUAGGUGGAUAAUUUGAAGUGCGCUAACCCGAUGCAGACCACUAAGACACGAUUUUAUUUCAAAAUAAGCCCUUUCUUGGCACAAAAAUAACACUAAGAGGUUUCUGGACAGUUAUUUCAACAAUCAAUGUCGACUUAAUAGAUGCCUUUAGUGUCCCUUUAAUGAAAGCAGCAUAAAUAGCAGGCUGGAACUGAAAGACAUUUGAAACAGUUGUGCACAUUUUAUUGCCAUUUUUUAUUCAAUUUUUUUGGCUGCUCUAGUUAAAAAUGUGCGUUCACAUUGUACAUUUCUGUUCACAUAUCCUUUCCCAGAUGAAUUACACAUCCUUCCUUCUUUUGGUGCAGGGAAUUCACAUAAAGCUACAGUUUGGUUCUUACUCUGUUAUGGCUUCUUACUUCGUGGAUCACACUUUUCUGGUUGAGGGCUUUGUAUUUCAAAGUGCGUACUCUUUCGAUCUUUGGGCUUUUAUGAAUGUGUGACCAGUAUGAUGGUGAGAUUUUGCCUUUUAGUGAUUUUGGUUGUGGUUAAUGCUACUACUCUAUGGUUGUGGUUAAUGCUACUGCUGCGGUAAAAAUGUGCAGGGAGUUUGUGUGUCAACCUAUAUGAUUUCUAUGUAAGCUUACGGUUGGCCAAGGGUUUUUAAUACCUCUACAGUAAACAAGCUACAGCUUUCCUUUUCAUAUGUUUUUUUAUUCAUUGCACUAAGUCAUUGUUUCUUUGGCUAGCAGAUCUAACAUAAAUGUUUGCAGAAGCUUCACAUGAGAGCUGCUGUCUUUGUGGAAGCUGAUUAUUUUGCAAGUCCAUCACUUUGCUCAAGUAAAUCCAGUGUGCAAUUCCACUAGUUGAUUGCCAAAAUCAAGACAACCAACACACAUUUGCACAUUUAUUUUGCACGAUAUGCAAUGGUGCCUAUAUUAGCUGUGCUGCUCUUGCUCAGGAAGGCAACGCUGGGAAAUUAGCAUGCAGUAAUAAUUUCCAGCUAUUUCUGUAGCUGAUGUGCUCCCUGUCCUUUGAAUCGGCAAGCAGAAUUCGACACAUUAGUCAGGAAAGCCCAUUUAACUAAAUUGGCAAUUUUAAUUUCUGGAAGCCAUUCGGCCCUUUAUUUAAAAUGUGACCCUUAGAGUUACUCCACUGGGUGCUCCUACGUGGGGACAGUUAGACCUCUUCGUACUGUAAUAGGCCCUUUGCGACUCGUUAGUUUUCUGUUCAAUACCAAGUCGAAAUCCCAGACAAUCUUGCACAAGUGGAUUUGUCUAGAAAAAGUGCAAAGCAAGAACAAGAUCAAGAUGGCUAAAGUUUAUUGCGUGACAAAAUCCACUUUUAUUCGUGGCUCUACACUGCUGUGUGUGCUUUGAAGAAUGUCUGGAAUGGCAAACUACAAUGUGUUUCAGUUUGGAGUUGUCAGAAUUUUGCUAUAGUGAAUACUACUGUAUAUGCAGGGACACAGUGAGAAUACCUGAAACGUUAUCUCUUAGAGUUCACUUUGACAUUAUUUGCUGGGGUUUUCUUUAACUUGCAUCCGGCGUGAAACUUCUGACAUUCUUACUUUCAAUGUUUUGCUGCCUUUUUGUCUGUGUUCUCUCUAUUCAAGCUCUUAUGCUGCGUUGGAGAGCUCAUAUUGAAAAUAAUAGCUGUCCUUAGGAAUGCUACCAACAUUAUUCACGUUCUACGAGUACUUAAGGUGUAAUAUACUUUAUUCUUGUUGCACAGUGCAAAAGAGACGUCAGUGUCAGCCUGCGUACCUUGUGAGCUAUUUAAAACGUGCAUCCAUCGCAAACAAUCCAUGCAUGUGACGAUAUUUUUACGUAUUGUUUUAGAAUUGAAAACUAGGCAGAUCCAAUCAGCCUAUGUAAUUGCAAACAUUUCUUUUUUUUUUCUGUGGAAUGUGCCAGAUUGAUGCAAUUAUGUGAGAUAUAUUUUCAGGAUUAUCAGGGUAAUAUUUGUCUGUUAACACUGGCAAUGUAGCCAUGGCAUCAUUGCCCCCCCCCCCCCCCUCCGCCCCCAUCACACAUUUUUUUUUUUCUGGGCAUCAAAUUGUUGUUGGUCUGAAACACCUAAGUGUGUUUGCGAUCAUGCAUAAGUUUUACUGUGCUCGGAACAAAAGUAGAGUAUAGUUCACAUCAAGUACGUAUGGUAUUCAUUUUUUUUUCUUUUUCUACAAUGCACUAAUGUCACCAUGAGUGUUGUGUGUUGGCAUAAUGGGAAAGUGUAACACCACAUAUUUUUUGUAUUUAUUGCAAUAAACAAUCAAUUUCAUGCACAAUAA